UUUGGCCCUCUUAAUUCCUUCAAUGCUGCUUCCUUUCUAAUAGGAUUAUUUAUAUAUUGAUUUCGCGGCGAAGAAGUGUAAUUUAAAUAGCAUUUUAGAUCAGGAUAGGUGUAAAACAAUUUAUCUGAUAUUAAAACCGAUAUCUGCGCACGUAUGUUUUGGCAAAGAAUGUCAUGUGUAGUAAUUGAUACCUACGUGCACCUUGCAAAAGAAGCAUUAAAUUGUAUCAGUUGUUAUAUUGACAAAGUUUGGUUCAUUGUAGAUAAGGGAUUGCAUUUCUUGCUUGAUAUGAUAACACAGUGUAAACUAUGAUGUGUGUGCUAAUGGAAAUCUGACAUAAAUAUUUAAUUCACUCCUUUUUUUCUCACUAUUCAAUAAUUUAUCGGAAUAAAAUAUGUCAGUUACUCAAAAAUAUAUUGAUCUAAAAUACGACGACGGAAAACUAACAAUCGAGGAAGUUCUCAACAAAGAGAAACUACCGGUUGUUGUGAGGACAUGUCGAACCGGAAGUCAAACUGUACAAACUGAUUUUCCGCAAGACAAAGACAUUUUAUUUCAACAAGCUUCCAAAGAAACGUUUGCGCAUGUGAAAGUGUUGAAAUUUUAUGAUAAUGAAAAGAUGCAGACGAACAAAGGGGCGGAGUAUGUCUUAGAGCACGAUACAUUUGUAGAUGAAGAAUACCUAAUGCCACUGAAGUUCCCCGGAAAGAUAAAACUUGUCCGCCGACCAGGAAGUCGUGGGAGAUAUCUAACAAUUAAGCAGGUAAUUGGUGACUGCCCUUCGUUUGUAAAAGCUGAAAAUGAUACAAAGGCCUACCUUUCAAGUGAUAUGAAGCAAGUUGUAACAGUUCCAGCAAAAACUGUUCUAGAAUUAAAGAGGAUAUGUACCAAAAGAGAUAAUGACUGUAUGUUUCUUGAAUGCAGUGAUGGAUAUAAAACAUAUACAUUUAGUGAAAACGACCAUAUCAAUUUCACGGUGGUGGAGAAGAACACUCUAUACAAUUUGGAGGAAUUGCCUACCAUGCCUUCAUUACGAAAAGUCAUUUUAUUCCAUGGAAUAACUCCACAUGCUAUUGUCUUGAAAGACAAUGCUUUGAGAAGCGCAAUGUGUACCAUUGUGGAAGGGCCAAUUGAAGUUCUAGGAUUUGUCAAUAUCGAAUACCUCACGUGCUGGAUCAGAAACAAUCACCUCAACACUUACGAAACGAUGCUGGUUCCAAAGAAAAUGUGGAAAAACACAUACGUACAGAAACGGUGCUUACAUACUGAAGAGGAAAAGGAAAAUUACAUAUCCAAAAAAUUUGGACAUUGUUUAAAAUCCGAUUUUGUUUCAAAAUCACUUUAUUUCUUGUCAUUGGGUCUUUCUGAUGUAACAUGGUUAAGAAGCCCUGAAUUCUUCAAACAGAAUUUGGAAGGCAAUGUUCUGUACGAAAUCGUUAAAUUAUCAUAUUGCGACUCUUCUGAUGAAGAUACCGUUUAUGUGGAAAUCGAGGAACCAAGGCCACCAGUACCGGAACGAGACAAAACUUCGAAAAUCAAGAUAAAGAAGUCGUUGAGUGAAACACAGUUGAAGGCGUCGGAGGUUGAACAAGGGUUGGCUAAAGCUGUUGUAGAUGUGAAACCUCUAUUGCCUAAGCCAAAAGACCUAGCAAAGACAGAUAAUGUCUCAAAUACAGACAAAGCCAGCAAAGAGAAUGACGAAAAACGAGAUCAGUUAUCUUCGAGAUCACUUCCUGUUCUCCAAGGCGAAUCACGAAGUAUUCAUGAUAAAAACUACACUCCACUAGAACUCACAAAGUCUUCAAGAAUUUAUGAGACAUUAGAAGCAUUUGGUGAUUCCUUGCCUUUAGGAUAUUCAAAAAAUAUUUCUGAUAAAUCACAACAAUAUAUAGAAGUUGGACAGGUGAAAAAAGUUCUUGAAGACAAUCAAACGGAAGAGGACUUUUACAAUUAUUCUGUCAAAGAAGUGUCAUUUUGUUUUGAACACUGCGGUUUGAAAAGCCUAGCAGAUAUAUGCUAUGAAAAGAAAUUAGACGGAUCUUUCUUUAAAGGAUUUAACGAUUGGAAAGAGCUGAGUCUUACCAAUUUAGAUAUAAUCAUCCUAAAGAAAAUGAUUUAUCAAGGCUGGCGAUCUAAAGAUGACAGUACGUACGGUGUCAGUACACAUAUGUAGAUGGAAAUGGAAGAGACAUAUAUUCAUUCUGUUAAAUCUAUAUGUGCCUGUAUAAAGCAGAUAUGUUUUCUUGCAAUUGAUAUUACAUGCAAUUGCUUUAAACAACUCUGAAUAUAAAAUCGACUGUUUACUUAGCAACUUACAGUCAGUAUUUGCACGUGUAUAUAUGUUGUCAUUCGGCCAUCGGUUUCCUGUGGAAGGCCGGUGUGCCAUGCUUUUUGCAAACUACGAAAUGACAAAUAUGUAAAGUUAAGUGCAAGUAGUUUAAUGCUAGAUGCCAGAUACUUAAUGUUGAAGCUGUAUCCCAAAUGCCAUAUGGCAUAUACUUAGAUAUAUCUAAUGCCGCAUCUUCCACAGACACAAUAUGUUUUUAGAUACGAACUUUAAACCUAGAAAAUCCUCAUAAAAGCAUGUAAAGUGAAUUUAACUUGACUAAAUAUUUAACUGACUGUGUAUGUUAUACCUCAUUCACAAUUUAUUUUACUAAAAUCUUUCAGUUUCAGUGGUAGUACUGUGCUAAUCUAUAAGGUCUGAAAUAUUUUAAACUUAACAUACAGUGCUGUUCAUGCAGUGCUGUUCAUGCACACAUACGUGUUAUUAACAUUUUACAUAGAUACUAAUAUUUUAAACCUAACAUACAGUGCUGUUCAUGCACACAUACGUGUUAUUAACAUUUUACAUAGAUACUAAUAUUUUAAACCUAACAUACAGUGCUGUUCAUACAGUGCUGUUCAUGCACACAUACGUGUUAUUAACAUUUUUACAUAGAUACUAAGAAGUAAGUGUUCAUAUUUUCAAAUAUGAAUUUUGGUCACAGAUGUAUUAAAUGUCAAAUUCUAAAUAUCAAAUAUAGCUGAAUGUUUAUUGACAAAUGAUAAAUGCUAAUACUCAAAUUCUUUUCGUGCAUUUUAACUUUAGGAGUUAAUAAUCAGUAUCUCUUAUAUAAGUGACUAUAACUUUUAAUUAUUUGAAAACAUGUAAUGUUUUACAGGUUUGAUUUUGAAGUAAUAACAUAUUCUACCAGUCAUUGGAACAUAAAACAGAAAUAAACGUUAAUUUUAGAGAAUCAGAUACUUAUUUAAUGAAAUGCAGAUGUCCAACAGGCUCAAUCAAACCAAACCUGCAACAGUUUCGUUUUUGUCGUGUUGAGCGACCUGUGGAGUUUCCACCUUUUCUAUUUGAAAAAUGAAAAAGUUACGUGCAUUUAAAUAUUUGAUCAAAAUGAUUGAUUUUUUUAAUUUCAAGAUACAUAUUUGAACUGUAUUUACUUUUUCUGUAAAAUAAUAUCUUUACAUUUUACAGCUGUAAUAAAAACAGGAGGGUCAUGAUGACCUUAUACGG